AUGCUACUGAUGCUACUGAUGCUACUGAUGCUACUGAUGCUACUGAUGCUACUGAUGCUACUGAUGCUACUGAUGCUACUGAUGCUACUGAUGCUACUGAUGCUACUGAUGCUACUGAUGACUCAUAUCUAG